AUAUGGUUUGUUACUAGAAAACAUGUGGAUAGGAUAUCGCAAAAGGAUUUAGGAAUUGAAUGCAGUGAGUAGUAGUUAGUGGUUGGACUAAGUUAAUUCAAAGAUUAAAGUAGAUGAUGAGUGUUGUUAUAUAAGAGACCAUAGUGCAGAAAUGUUUUGGUCAUCGGGCAGUGAACACUGCAUAGAACAAACAUACUAAAAACAGGAAGACAUGGGACGUCUAGUUAAUGGAGCUUCUCUAUUGGUUUUAUUAUGUUUUCAUGUUUUUGCUGUGAAUGUUUCAGCAAGAAAUGGUGAGAGUUUUAAUAAAGAUGAAGAGGAGAAAACGUUGAUUGGAGGCGGCAAGGGUGGUGGCUUUGGCGGUGGAUUUGGAGGAGGAUCUGGAGGUGGAUUUGGAGCAGGUGGUGGUUUUGGAGGCGGCGGUGGUGCUGGUGGAGGCGGAGGAGGGUUUGGUGGUGGACAUGGGGGAGGUUUGGAGUCGGUGGUGGCUUUUGUAAGGGUGGUGGAGUUGGCGGUGGUUUUGGAGGUGGAGGUGGACACGGUGGAGGAGUUGGUGGGGUGCUGGAGCCGGUGGUGGGUUUGGAAAAGGCGGAGGGAUCGGAAAGGGUGGAGGAGUUGGCGGUGGAUCUGGUGGUGGUAUUGGAAAGGCGGUGGUGUUGGUGGUGGAAUAGGCAAAGGUGGCGGAGUUGGUGGCGGAAUAGGCAAAGGUGGAGGAUUUGGCGGCGGUAGUGGAAAAGGUAAAGGAGUU